GAAGCGUCUUUGGCCUCCAGCACGUACACACAGAGCCUGGAGCUGCUUUCUAGCGAAAAAGCUGACCUUUUAGAUCUCAACAUGGAGGAAGGGCCAAAAGCUCCUCCGCAUGUUCUAAUCUUUCCCCUUCCAGCACAGGGACAUGUCAACUCCAUGCUCAAGCUAGCCGAGCUUCUUUCCCUUGCCAGCAUCCAUGUCACCUUCCUCAACAACGAGUACAAUCACGAUCGCCUCCUCCGUUACACCAACGUCCUAACUCGUUUCGCAUGCUUUCCUGGAUUCCAAUUCAAGACCAUCCCUGACGGCCUCCCAGCCGAGCACCCACGAUCCGGUUCCUCCGUCAUGGAUUUGUUCGAUAGCUUAAAUUCGGUCACCAAGCCACUCUUUAGAGAGAUGCUCUUCUCGGGUCAGUUUAAUUCAGUCGGUAGUAGGAGCUCCGUGAGUUGCAUCAUAUCGGAUGGGAUCUUGAGCUUUACCAUUGACGUCGGCGACGAAAUUGGCAUUCCCGUCAUUCAUUUCCGUACCAUCAGUGCUUGCUCCUUCUGGGCUUACUUUUCUAUUCCAUAUGUAAUUGAGGCGGGUGAGCUUCCCAUUAGAGGAAAUGAAGAUAUGGAUCGCCUUAUAAGCAGUGUGCCGGGCAUGGAAACUUUUCUCCGGUGCCGAGAUCUACCCAGUUUCUGCCGAGUCAGCAACCUGGCAGACCCGGAUCUCCAACUCGUUAUGAACAAGACCAGACAGUCCACUAGAGCCCGUGCUAUUCUCAACACGUUUGAAGAACUAGAAGGACCUGUACUCUCCCAUAUACGCACUCACUGUCCACAAAUCUAUACCCUUGGACCCCUCCAUUUACUCUUGAAACUCAAACUUGGAUACAAAACGACCACGUUGCACUCUCAGCCAUCGAAUAGCCUCUUCGAAGUGGACAAAAGCUGCAUGACGUGGCUUGACGCUCAACCAUUGAAGUCUGUAAUCUACGUCAGCUUUGGAAGCAUUGCAAAAAUGACAAAGGAGGAGCUGAUGGAGUUUUGGUAUGGUUUGGUUAAUAGCAAAAAGCGGUUCUUGUGGGCCAUACGGCCGGACAUGGUGGACGGAAAAGAUGGGGACGGUCAGACUCCGGCAGAGCUGGUGGAGGGGACGAAGGAGAGGGGGUACAUGGUGGGUUGGGCCCCACAAGACGAGGUCCUGGCCCAUCCGGCCGUUGGUGGGUUUUUCACCCACAGUGGGUGGAACUCAACCUUGGAGAGUAUAGUGGCUGGGGUGCCCAUGAUUUGCUGGCCUUACUUUGCGGAUCAGCAAGUGAAUAGCAGGUUUGUGAGUGAGAUUUGGAAGCUUGGGAUGGACAUGAAGGAUGUCUGCGAUAGAGUUACUGUGGAAAAGUUGGUGAAUGAUCUGAUGGUUGAGAAGGAGGAGGAGUUUCUGAAAUCAACGGUUGAGAUGUCUAGGUUGGCAAGAGAAAGUGUAAGCGAAGGUGGGUCCUCUUACAGUAAUUUGGACCGUUUGAUCGAGGAUAUAAGGUUGAUGAACGUGGGUGCAAAAUGCUAAUUUUUCGUUUUUUUUUUUUAACAUGGAAGACAUGGAUCUUUUUAGACCUAUGUUAUAGUAUAAUUAAAUUUGUAAUUUAUAAUUUUUGUAAACUCAAGUUUUAAAGAUAAUUGAUGAUUUAAGGUCAAAGUAGAAAUUGAC